AUGGUGGUACGUUGUGGUACACCUUUCUCCCAAACAUGUAGUAGAUGGGGUGUUGGUGCAUGGAGCUACUUAAAUAUGUUAAACAAGUGGCUUCAAUUGAUUCAAAAGACACUGCUAGAAUAUAGUCGGUUGCGAAAUGCUCUGCUCUUCUUGGGAGUAUAUUUCUUUUAUUAUUUUCUCUUCUUGGGAGUCUAUUUUCUUGUGGUCAAUGAGUGUAAUUGGUUUUUGCCAUGCGAUGCUCGUUCUAUAUAUAUAAAGGGAAAAAUGAAGGUCAUAUGUGCUGUUAUUAAUUUGCUUCAUGUUGAUUCUCUGUUAUGUGUUAUAUAUGUUUUUUUGAAUAUAGGAACUUCUGUGGUUAUUGUUCAAUGA